AUGUAUGGUGAGUCCUAUGGUGAGAUGCAUGAUGAGUCCUAUGGUGAGAUGCAUGGUGAGUACUAUGGCGAGAUGUAUGGUAAGUACAAUGGUGAGAUGCAUGGUGAGUCCUAUGGUGAGAUGCAUGGGGAUUGCUAUGGUGAGAUGCAUGGUGCGCCCUGUGGUGAAAUGCAUGUUGAGUUCCUUGGUGAGAUGCAUGGUGAGUCCUAUGGUGAGAUGUAUGGUGAGUCCUAUGGUGAGAUGCAUGGUGAGUCCUAUGGUGAGAUGUAUGGUGAGUCCUAUGGUGAGAUGCUUGGUGAGUACUAUGGCGAGAUGUAUGGUAAGUACAAUGGUGAGAUGCAUGGUGAGUCCUAG